AUGUCUACAUAUUGCUACGGAGACCACGAAUUACAACAAAUCAAAGUAUGGAACUACAAUCCCAACAAUAAACAUACAUACAUCUAUAUCCAUGGUGGAGCUUGGAAAGAUCCUAAAAACACCUUCGAUGAAUUAGCUCCAGUUGCCGCCACCACGCCCAACUCAACUUUCAUUGGAAUUAAUUAUCGUUUAACUUCACUGAAAGUCAAGCAUCCACUACAUUUGGCGGAUGUUACCAAAGCCAUCAUCUACAUCGUUACCAAUUUCAAAACGCAACAACUGCAUUUAUUAGGGUAUUCAGUUGGUGCAACUUUAAUUCUUCAAUUCUUACAAUUUAAACAUCAUUUCAAUCAAGCGUUCAACUAUUACAAAACAUGGGCCACUGAUAAAGAAGUUGUUGAAGAACUUGGAGAUGCAUCGAUUGUAGAUGAAUUACACCUAAUCGAAGAAAAUGAUGAUCUCAUAAUCAAACUUGAUAGAUUAAUCAAACAAGGUCAAUUAUACUUUUCAUCAAUCAAAUUUCUCGAUGGAAUAUACGACUUGCCUCAACUAAUUGAAGAAUAUCCUCAAUAUGGCUCAUGGUUUGUAUAUGAAUCCUAUCCAAGUGAAAAAUUAAUCAAUUUAAAUUCAUUAUCUCAUGAAAUUUUAAUCAAUAAUGGUAAAUUGGCACCGGCAACAAAUGAUCCCCAUGCUAGUAUGAUUGAUGACAUGACUAACGUGUAUAUUGUUCAUUCAUUACAAGAUGAAUUGUUGUCGUUAAAACAAACGCAAUUAUUGACGGAUUUUUUCAACAAGACUUUGAGGAAAGGAUGUAUUGUCUUGACUGGUAAUUGGGGCAAACAUGAUGAUAUUUAUGGAAAGCAUCGUAAAAAAAUAUUCUUAUACGGAGAAGCGGACUAG